AUGGAAAUCGAACUGGUGAAGACCGUGUAUUCUUUCCUAGUUAUAAUCAGAGGCAGCCUGACACCAAACCCUGCCCAUUUCCCUAGAGGCCCUCCAAAGGACACCCUCACUUCACAGAGUGGGAGGCAACGUUCUACUGCUUGCUACAGAUGUGGGAAAGAAGGCCACCGAGCAGAUGACUGUCGGGUGAAGUUGGUGCCAAAGACGACCCCUAUUGGUGGAAAGGAACCGGUGAAACCAGCUGCUAAGGCGCGAAAGCCGGCAAAAGUGGGAGAAGGCGUCACCAAGAAGGCCACUCCCAUCAGGGAGGAGCAUGGAACGCCGACCGAGUCCGAUGACAGCAAAACUACGUCAGAAUCCGAUGAAGAUCUUCUGCUGACUCAAACCCGAGGUGAGCGGGGGACUUAUCUGAGUCCGAUGAAGUCCAGCGACUCCAACCGGUUCCUCCUGAAGACAGCAGGGACGACUCUGCCAAUAAUCCAGGGCCGGACGGCCCAGAGGAGGAGCUGGGAGGAACUAACAGUCCCUCCAACCAGCUCGACUCACUCCCAGAAAAUGAAUUGCGCAGGUCAGAAAGAGUUAGGAGACGCCCUGUCUACCUGCGUGACUACGUGGAGAAAUAACAUGCUAAUUUUAUGUAAAUAUGGGUACAAUGCGUUCUGGGAGGGAAGGAGUGUAAUGUAUUUUAAACUUUAGGAGGGAAAUUUGGGCGGGAACUAGCACGUUGCUGAUUGGUUGAAGCCUCAGCCAAAAUAGUAUUUAAAGAGAGGGUUUUGCCUGUUGUCUUCCGCUGGGUUCACUAUAAACUAAAGAGCU